UGUUGAAUGGAAGGUGCUCAGCCGGAGUGUUCUUAUCGACCAAAUGGAGAGCGUACACCGUCAAGUUGCUAGAAUUACGAUAAGCUAAACCUAUAACCCCACUGGCUCUUCAUUCAGGGAGAGAAUCCCUUAAUGGGGUGCUUUCUUUAGCCACACAGUAGUGACCUCGGAACUUGGACUGGUCUCUCCUGAUAACAUGGCCAAAGGAUGUGAGACGAAGCCUUACCAUCCUUGCGUCUAAAGAGCAUUGGCUGUGCUGUUUCCAAGAAAGACUUGUUUGUUCCUAUGGCAGUCCAGAGUUGUUAAAGAGUUGAAGACACCUUGCUUGAAGAUGAAGGAUAUAACAUUUUAGAGGAAGAGCUUUUUAUUUUCUCCUUUCAAAGUUUGUUGAAGUCUCUAGUUACUGCUUUCAAUCAAGCCUGACCACUUCAUCAGAAAUGUUUUUUACAAUUUCAAGAAAAACUGUGUCCCAGAAACUGAGUUUAUUGCUGCUUGUAUUUGGACUUAUUUGGGGAUUAAUGUUGUUGCACUAUACUUUUCAACAACCAAGACAUCAAAGCAGUGUCAAGUUACGUGAGCAAAUACUAGAUUUAAGCAAAAGAUACGUUAAAGCCUUAGCUGAGGAAAAUAAGAACACGGUGGAUGUCGAGAAUGGUGCUUCCAUGGCAGGAUACGCGGAUCUGAAGAGAACAAUCGCUGUCCUUUUGGAUGACAUCUUACAACGCUUAGUGAAGCUGGAGAGCAAAGUCAACUAUAUUGUUGUGAAUGGCUCCGCUACUAACAGCACCAAUGGUACUAGUGGAAAUCUGGUGCCAGUAACCACAAAUAAAAGAAUAAAUGCGUCAGGCAGCAUCAGAUAGCAGUUGAAGAUCACCUUGUGCUGCUGUGUCCACCAUGGAUUAUAUCCUCUGACAGAAAGCUUUUUAAUGGCUGGUUAGAAGACAGAGUAGAAACCUGUCAAUAAAAGCUCUAUGCAUUUUCAAGGAGUAUGCUGGAUUCAUGGAACUCUAAAUUCUGUAUAUAAAGUUUGCUUUCAGGCAAGUCUGUUCAGUGCUGUAUUAUAUUGUUAAAAGAAAUUUGGUAACAUGGUUGAUGUAGUAAGCAGGUAGGUGAUCUUUGUAUAAACCUUUUUUGUGUGUUUAAAAUUCAAGUGAAACAACACUGAAAGACAUGGUUUCAUUUCUAUAUUUAAAAUAAAACUUGCUUUUCAGAUAAGUGGAGAAUAUUGUCAUUGAAUUAUUCUGUCACUUGUUCUCAACAGAUGUAACCGUUUGACUAGUGCUUUCUGAAAAUGUGCUUACUUCCACUACUAUAUUUGUUACUCAGAUUAUGGGCAAAGAAAGGAAGCAUAAUGUUGAAAGUAAUGUUUUGAAAUUAUGACCCAAAGAAUGUUUUCAUUUGCACUAUCUUUCAGAAUACCUGAAAGUUAAUUAUAUUUUUAAAAAUUACAUUUGUAGGUAUAUAAUCUUGAAAUGGGUAGCAGCCACUGUCCGUAACCUAUUUGAAAAUGGGGGCAACUUAAUAACAAUGUCACAGUAAUUAUCUCUAGACUCAUAGUUAAUACUUUCUUACAUAUAUUCUAAGGAACAGAAGAUAUUUUUAUGAUGAGAUUAAGUCAUGGUUUUCAUAUUCAUGAAAUUUAAUUAAAAAACCUGACCCUUUGUGUGUCUGUGCUAGCUAUCAGGAGGGCACAUUAUCUCCAUAUUUGGGUUAUUUUUGCUCUUAAUCUAUUGGAGGGAAGUGACUUGAGAUUCUUGAUAGACUGGAACUCUGGAGGACCUUAGCCAGUUGUAUAUAGUAAAGGAAAAUGUUAACAUAUAAGGAUAUCGUACUUUAUGGAAUUUUGUAUUUAUAUAACAGAUACAUUAGAUUCUAAUUUUAUAUGAUGAUCAAUUGAAAAUAAAAUAAGAGCAUUUAAAAUAUAUAAUUUAAAUUAUAAAGAUAGACUAUCAGAAAAAAACAGCUCUUGUGUCUAGCACAAGAGAUUCUAAUUAUAGGUAAUUCUAAUAUAAAGCAAAAUAUACUUUUAUUUAAACAUCCCUGUAGCACAUCGAAUUACCAUAAUGGUACCCUCUAUGUCAUAGUUUUUAUUCUCCAUAAUAACUGCUUACAUGCAGGUAAAUUUUAGAUCUAGACUAUAUUGAAUCUAGUUUUAGAUACUGUUUAUUAUUAAAAUAUGCUACUAUAUGUAGUGGCAGUACUUAUAAUAUUUUAUUAAAAUAAGGAUCAGAAAAUACUGUUUUAUUGAAAGGUAGUCCUCCAAACCCUUUAUUCUGUAUUCUACCUUUAUGUGAAGAAAUUAAGUAUAUACUAUUGCCAAGUGAAAUUUGGAAUAAUUGUUCAGUCUUCGGUUACUAAUUGUGAACAUCUUUGGUUUUUGUUUUCAGGAUAAAAUAAACUAUAUUUAUACUUAAAA